AUGGAUGUCAAGAGCCUGUACACAGUCAUCCCUCAUAUUGGAGGUAUUGAGGCGAUGCGACAGGUGUUAUGUGAGUCUUCGAUGUACCAUGGUCCACCAAUAGAAUUUAUUCUGGAGCUUUUGUCGUUGAUCCUUCAUAACAAUCAUUUUAGAUUUGAGGAUCGGUGGUACUUACAAGUGGCGGGAACAUCUAUGGGGUCAGCCAUGGCCCCUAUGUAUGCCAAUGCGUACAUGUAUGCAUAUGAAACACAGCAUAUAUUGACCACAUAUAAGAAUAACAUUAUUGGAUAUUAUCGUUAUAUAGACGACCUGUUGAUCAUCUGGCGAGGCUCACAAACGGAGGCACAUAUGAUGGUGGAGGAGUUAAAUUUGUUGCCAACUCCUAUCAAGUUUACAGCCAAUAUCAGUGAGGAAAGUGUCCAAUACCUGGACUUAGAACUUUCCUAUGGAGACAAUAGAGUCCAAUACACAUUAUUUUCGAAACAGACUGAUCGGAAUACUCUUUUACACGCUAGGAGUGCACAUCCCAUUUCGUUGAAAAAAUCUAUUCCUAAAGCACAAUUCCAGCGAGUCAUUCGCAACAAUUCUGAUAUAAAUAAGGCUGAGUUACAAUUGAAAAUCAUGACCCAGAAGUUUUUGAACAGAGGUUAUAACAUUCAGGUACUAGAAGAAGCACUGUUGAAGGCAAAAUUGGCCCCGGUGCAAAAGAUGGAUCCUGUACAGAAAAUUGUAUUUCCGAUGACGUUUCAUAAUUCUUCUAAUUUGAUUUCAACAAUUGUUAAAGACAAUUGGAAAAUGAUUGCUACGGAUGACACCCUGCCAAAGAUUUUUAAAGAGACUCCGUUAAUUUGCUACAGGAGAAAUAAGAGUCUUAAGGACAUGUUAGUACGUACAGACCCUGUGGAAAGUUAUUCUAAAACAGUCAAGCACAACAUACGGGGAAGCAUACGAUGUCUGGGGUGUAUUACUUGUGGACAUAUGAUUCCAGCAAAGAAAUUUAAUCACCCACAUACUAAUAAAAUAUAUGAUAUAAGACACACUAUUACUUGUAAAACCCCCUUUGUUGUAUAUAAAUUGGUGUGUCCGUGUGGCCUCUAUUACGUAGGAAAGACAGAAACACCUCUAUGUGAGAGGAUUAGGGGCCACCGCUCGAGUAUAAGAUUAGCGUACAGGGAUGGCCAGUCUGAUAAGCCAGUUGCUCGGCACUUUCUUGAUAAAAAACAUCCCUUAGCAUCCCUUAAAUUUGUGGGUAUUGAUCAUAUACCCCUUCCCCGCAGGGGGGGUAAUAGGGGGAAGAUGUUGCUUCAGAAAGAGGCUUUUUGGAUACACCAAUUAAAUACAAUAUCUCCCAUGGGUCUUAAUGAGAGCAUCACGUAUCAUUCUUUUAUAUAGGUUUAACCAGCUUGUUACUAUUGUUUUUAAAUAUUUUUAUGUUUAAUGAAUUUCUCAGGAGCAGUGUGUCUAUAAUUAUGCCAAAGUGUUUUUAUAUGUAUGAUAUAUUUGAUUACACAUAUGUUGCUUAUGAGCACUUAUAAUGCACUUUAUUAUAUGCAUGCUAUCACUUUAAAAAUUUUAUAUAUGAAUUUUUUUUGAUUCACUGAUGAGUGCAAUUUCACAUUUAACUAUAACUAGGGCUCAUACACUGAUGGGUCAAAUUUUAGUGGCUUUAUUAUCACUUUAAUGAAGUGUCACUUACCUAGGUUCACUAGGUGUUCUUGUGGUUAGGGAUAUUUGAUACACAAUGAGCCCAUCACAAGAUUUGUUUUAAAAUAAGCACUUAUAUUACUUAUGUAUGGCAUUAAUUUUUUCUUCCCUAUUCUCUAUCUUGGUAUAGACUCCUUUUGUUGUAAGAGGGGUCUUUGUAUAUAUGGUUGCUAAGGAGACCGGUCUAUGUGACCGGGAGUACGUCGGCACGUAACAUAGUAUGAUGAAGGGGCGGAGCACGUAUUGACGUGCGCGCGCAUACCCGGAAAUUCACUGGGUGCCGGCGGGAAAUGAGAAUAGAACACCUGGGUGAGUCAUUUCACUUAAUGUAAUGGUAUAUAUUGUCACUUUGUAUACUGUUUAUUGUUGUCCUGUUGUCUCUGACCCUGAGGAAGGUCCCGAUCGGGGACCGAAACGUUGGUCAUCAUUUUUAAAUAUUUUCAAUAAAAUCUUUGAUUUUAAGUCCGGAGAGCAGCCUUUUCUUGUGGAAGUUAUACCUAUUGGAGCUUUGGUGGUGCGCCCGGCAUUUGGAAUACUUCAAGCGUGAGUGCAGGGGAUGUUGAUAGUUUUUUUGUAUUUCUAGGAGUGUGGGGCUCUACCUCCUCCCUUUUGUGCACCUGCAUAUAGUGCAACUGUGUUGGCACGUUAAUUAUAUUGAGCAUUUUUUAGCUCCUACAAUAUUUGACAAUUAUAUUACUGUUCAUUGGUCUAAUCUCCUCUUGUUUUGUGAUAUGGAGGAAUUUUUAGUACAAGCUGGUGCUUUUGUAGAACAUGCAGAAACACUGCAAUUUACACCUGAAGAUGCAUCUCACAUUCUAUGGGAGCAAUCCAGUCAAGAGUUACCUAAUUUAACUACGUCUAGAGAUGUCUAUUUCAAGUUAUUAAGAUUGCAUAAAAAAAGUGUGGACUUGGACUUACAUGGUUUAUUUCUAUCCGACUAUUAUAAGGCUAAAAUGAUUCCACGUGGGUUUAGAUUACUAAAUAUACCAACUAUUGGAAGACUUAAAGCAGCUGUAUGUAGGGAUUGGACACACGUUUUAAACAAAGCUUCUUUGGACCUUAUGCUUAUAACGAUUAAAGAUGUAAAAACUGAUUUAACAGAGGUUAAACAGAAAAUUAUUGCGUUGGAGACUGAACAAGCAGUUCUAUUGGCUUCAGCUGAUGGAGUGAAAUUGCAACAACAACUAAAAGUGGAACUUCUGAAAUAUAAAAAUGAAUUAGUGAGAUUUAAAAAACAGAAGUAUGAGAGGGUUCAACAAGAUUACCAAGACCACCGUGUAUAUAGAUGGUUAUCGGGUGAACGCCCUCCCAGACCAAGGAGGUUCCGCAAAAGAAUUAUCCGACCAAAGGUUACAACUAUUGAUAUAACCUCUGGGGAAUCAGCUUCAGAGAAUGAAAUCCCCAAUGAUACAGCAACUUUUUUAGGUCAUACGGAACAAGGCACAGUCACCAGGAGCAAAGUCAGGAGCGACGAAGAUAUAGGAAUAGGAGAGGGCGCAAGGGUAAAAACAGUAUUAAGGGGCAAACCCCCUCAACGGAAAUAACCCCCAUCUUUAACCUUUCCCAUAGACAACUCAGUGAAACAGAAGUUAACAUUCUUAGUAAGGGUCUAUCAUAUGUCCCUACAAGUUUUAUUAACCCCUUUAAAUGGAGUACUGAGUUGUUUCAGUUUGGAAGAAAUAUGAGGCUUAAAGAGUUUUUUCACACUAUGGAUAAAGACAAACCACAAUCAACUUGUAUGGGGUUAGAGAAAUUUAAGAAUAAAUCUACAUUUGACCCACAAACUACCAAAUCUUCAAUUAAAACUUUUUUGACAACAAUGUCCAAGAUGACACAGAAUACUGGUGUCCAGCAACGUGAAAGAUCACAAAAUAUAACUAAGAAAGAACGACAAUUGAUUGAUAACCUAGCUAAGGACCCUUCUAUAGUGAUCCGCUCGGCGGAUAAGGGAGGAGGUAUCGUACUUAUGAACUAUACUGAUUAUGCAGAUGACCUUAAACAACAAUUACAGGAUUUGAACACCUAUUGUAUGUUACCAAGGGAUCCUACACUCGAAAUUCAGAGGAAAAUCAGUGAUGUAUUAGAGAUGGGACUUAGGGCUGGUUAUAUCAGUCUUGAUCUAUUUCAGUUUUUGAAUAAACAACAUCCCCGCACUCCAAUUAUCUAUAGUAUACCCAAGAUUCAUAAAGAUCUAGAAAGACCUCCUGGCCGUCCCAUUGUUUCAGCUAUUGGGGGGAUUUUAGAACCCAUAGCACAAUGGUUAGAUUUUGUUUUUAAAGGACCAGUUGAGGCACUGAGUACAUGUAUUAAGGAUACACAAAUGCUCUUGAGUAGAAUUAAGUCCUUGGAGUUCCAUGGAAGGGUUCCAAUAUUCAUUACUAUGGAUGUCAAGAGCCUGUACACAGUCAUCCCUCAUAUUGGAGGUAUUGAGGUGAUGCGACAGGUGUUAUGUGAGUCUUCGAUGUACCAUGGUCCACCGAUAGAAUUUAUUCUGGAGCUUUUGUCGUUGAUCCUUCAUAACAAUCAUUUUAGAUUUGAGGAUCGGUGGUACUUACAAGUGGCGGGAACAUCUAUGGGGUCAGCCAUGGCCCCUAUGUAUGCCAAUGCGUACAUGUAUGCAUAUGAAACACAGCAUAUAUUGACCACAUAUAAGAAUAACAUUAUUGGAUAUUAUCGUUAUAUAGACGACCUGUUGAUCAUCUGGCGAGGCUCACAAACGGAGGCACAUAUGAUGGUGGAGGAGUUAAAUUUGUUGCCAACUCCUAUCAAGUUUACAGCCAAUAUCAGUGAGGAAAGUGUCCAAUACCUGGACUUAGAACUUUCCUAUGGAGACAAUAGAGUCCAAUACACAUUAUUUUCGAAACAGACUGAUCGGAAUACUCUUUUACACGCUAGGAGUGCACAUCCCAUUUCGUUGAAAAAAUCUAUUCCUAAAGCACAAUUCCAGCGAGUCAUUCGCAACAAUUCUGAUAUAAAUAAGGCUGAGUUACAAUUGAAAAUCAUGACCCAGAAGUUUUUGAACAGAGGUUAUAACAUUCAGGUACUAGAAGAAGCACUGUUGAAGGCAAAAUUGGCCCCGGUGCAAAAGAUGGAUCCUGUACAGAAAAUAGUAUUUCCGAUGACGUUUCAUAAUUCUUCUAAUUUGAUUUCAACAAUUGUUAAAGACAAUUGGAAAAUGAUUGCUACGGAUGACACCCUGCCAAAGAUUUUUAAAGAGACUCCGUUAAUUUGCUACAGGAGAAAUAAGAGUCUUAAGGACAUGUUA